AUGAGUUCUUCAUCAAGCUCUCGUGAACCUUCACCAUCUAUGAAACAAACUUUACCAAACGAUUAUGGAGCACCUAUUGAAUAUUUCUUACGAGCUGCACAAUGGCAAAGAGCAGUCUCACCAAGGUUAGGUGUUCCACCAGCUCCUGUCAAAAAUAGCAUUUGGUCAAGUCCCUAUAUAAUAUAUGGUCUCCCACUAGGUUUGCUAGCUACAGCAGGAGCAG